AUGCAGUUCAUCAUAUUGGGCACCUUGCUCUGCCUCGUCGCUGCCACAGUCGUCAAAGAUCAGGACGAUGCGCCUCAGGUUCAAGUGGACGAGCUGAAAAAAUUUAAUCUCUUCGAAGUAAUUCCAGGGCAAGAAAAGACCAGGGACCUGUCACUGCAAGGAGGGACUCCCACAAUUGUGCCCAAACGGGCAAGAACUACACCGGCUGAUACCGACACUGCAGAUACCUUCGCUGCACCCUACCGUCGUACAACUGCAGACAUCCUCACUGCAUGUUUAGGCACUGAUGAUAUCCUUGAGCAAUGUUCUACUACCACUGCGCCUGCCACUACAAAUACUACCACUGCGCCUGCCACUACAGGUACUACCACUACGCCUGCCAGUACAGAUAUCACCACUACGCCUGCCAAUACAGAUACUACCACUGCAGAUACCACCACUAUUUCGCCUGUCACCUCAGCAGUUUCUACAACGCCCACCUCUGCCACCUCUACGCCACCUACUACUACUGACAUGGGUGCUCAGAGAUGUAACCACACGCAAUGCUUGCCUGUCAAGAACUGUGCCACCGAUUCCGUUGUGGGAUUAUGCGGGGUGUCUGAGGCCGACAAGGCUUUCUUCGUGGAAAUUCACAAUCAGGCUCGACGAUUGAUCGCGAAUGGUCAAGCGAAGAAUAUGCCCGCUGGCACGAACCUCCGCGAGAUGACUUGGAACGACGACCUGGCGCAGACCGCACAGUCGCAAGUGUGGCAGUACCUCUUUGAACAAGGGUGGGUUCCAGGUGCUAGUUUCGUGAACGGCUCGACAUCCACAUGGUAUGCUCAACCAAUUACCCAGGCUUUAUGGCAUGACACUAGUCAAAUUGGCUGCGGAAUCUUCGCUAGCAACAAAGAUUGUGCUUCGCUUGGCGUUGACCCUGAUGCUUCGAUUGGCGGGGACCCUAAUUCCAACUGUGUCAAGAUCGUCUGCAACUAUGCACCCGCGGGCAAUGUGAUCAACCCAGACGGUACUCGCCCGCCCCCCUACAGCACCACCGAGGGCUGCGUCACACCCUCCACCAAAUACCCGGGGCUUUGUGCGAACUGA